GAAUUUUUUAAACUUUAGCUACAAGUUGUCUCAACAGACCCAUUCAAGGAAUAGAAAACAUUAAAUUAAAAGAAUGGAAGGAAUUUCUACUUUAUUGUGUUUUGCUAUAAUAGUGGGAAAAUUUAUUGGUAUGUUUGCAACAGAUUACUGCAAUGUGCAGUCAUGUGCGAAUAAAGCAAGUCAUACAUUAUGCAAGUAUACUUCAACAGAACCAGCGGCACAAUGCACGGAAUGGAGUAAUCGAGGCUUUAAUGACGCUCAGAAGAAAAUUAUAGUAAAAAAACAUAAUGAAUUGAGACGAAAAGUUGCAUCAGGUCAGGAAAAAAGUGGAAGACCCGGCCCGCAACCUGCAGCAAAAAACAUGCCAGAUUUGAAAUGGGAUGAUGAACUAGAGAAAAUUGCACAAAGAUGGGCUGAUCAGUGCAAUUUCAGCCAUGAUGAGUGUAGAGAUGUAGACAGAUUUUCAGUCGGUCAGAAUAUAGCUAUGUCAUCUAUGAGUUCUUCAGGCACCGAGUCUGAUGAAACUCGUUUGAAUAAUAUGAUCCAAAUGUGGUACAAUGAAGUCAAAAUGUUUGAUAGAAAUCAGAUUUCCAACUAUAAAUUCGAUGUAAAUACAGGCCAUUAUACUCAACUUGUCUGGGCUAAAACAAGAUUAAUCGGUUGCGGACGAAUAUCAUAUAAAAAACCAAAUGAUUGGAAGAUACUUUAUCUAGUUUGCAAUUAUGGUCCAAGUGGAAAUUAUAUCGGUGAAAAAAUAUAUGAAAUUAAGAAAUAAAUAUAACUAACGCAAAUAUAUUAUAGACAAUUUAAAAAAAUCAGCAACACGAAAGAAGAUAAAAGUAAGAAAAUAAAUAUAAGCGAUAUAUUUUAUCAAUACUGAUUCAUAAUUAUAAUUUUCAUAAUAAUAUUAACGAAGGGAAUCGUCUUAAUA